UCACACUAUUUAGACCUUGUCAAACUUAAAAACCAUAAAAAACUAAUUUUUCCCGAUGACGAGCGUCGAGGAGAAUCCGUUCGCCGCUCUGCUCCAGGAGGGAGCCAAUGACGAUGGCGUGUCACACAAACUGAUCGAGGAGGUGCUCCUCUUUACGCUGAACAAGGCGUCCACAUCCGCUGCCCUCUGCCUGGCAGACGUGGUGGUGGACACCAGCGAGGAGACCCUGAGCGAGGAUCUGGUGGCCCACGCCCUAUUUGAGCGAUUGAUGCUGGCCGAGACCAGCCAGUAUGCAGGAGGAAAUACCAGCGCGGAGGCCAUUGAGCUGCGAGCCAUGUGUUAUCUUCGAGGAGCCUUCGCACGAUGCGAGCGCAUUCAGGCGGAGAGGAAAACCGAUUGCUCCAAGGUGUUAGCGCUCAUUCUAAACAAUGCCAACACCUGCAUGCGCCAGCCGGACCUCUUUGCCCCGCAAUCCUUUGGUGCCCAGUGGAUGGAGAUGUUUGAGCAGGCCGAUGAGCACGACACCAGCACCCAGGAGUUUUUGAUCCGCGUCGCCUGCAAGGUGAUGGAGGAGGUCGACCCGAUUGAGGCCCUGGGCGCCCUUAAGGCCAUCUUCUACCCAGUGCUCGCGGAUCUCCAGAAGGUCAUCGCCAAGGAGAACCUUAUUACAAUGAAGAAGAACGCAUUCUGGAUCCUCGGAUUCUUCGUGCGCGACAAAAGAGCAGCAGUUCUAGGAGAACUUCUAAUUGACUUCACCACUCCCAAUCCCAAAGCUAAAGGUGGCGAAUAUAUGGACACUUUGUUGGGCAGUCUACUGUGCAUCUCAAUUCUGCCAAAGACCCAAACAGCAAAAUACGAGUUUUUCCAGGACCAAACGGUCCAAACGGACCCUGCUUUGUGGGCUCUACUGUCACAUCACCAGCAGUCCAUUUUCCUGCUGGUCAAGCAGCUACUCGUGCUCUCACCCGAAACCAAGAAAAAGACCCUCCAAUGGCUAGCCAAUUGCCUGGAUGCAAAUGUCUCCCGUGGUCAUCUGUGGAGCAACAUCAAUAUCAACCUGAACCAAACAGUUCACAGCACGGCCAGCGAUGCCUUCAUGACCAGCUUGAGUGCAGUCCUCGCACGUCUCUGUGCUCCCCUGUGUUUGCCCUCGUUAAAGGUACUCUUGGUGGACCCUACAUAUUGUGCAGUGCCGGACAAAGAUCGUCAGGCGAAGAGCGUGAGCAUGCUAAAGGCCCAUGAUGAGACUUGCCUGCUUACCAGCGAAGAUGGUGAGGAGCGUUUGACGGCCGAAAAGUACAAUUUCGUGACGGAGAUCUUUUACAUGACACACAAAUGCUUCGAACUCGCCAAUCGUCCCUGCCUUGAACGCCUCAUUAUCGUGAUGCGCGAGCUGCAAAACACACAAGGAGAGGUCUUGAACAGCGAUCCCAAUAACGAGCUGACCAAAUACCUGUACCGCAUGAUAAUAGAACAGAUGCAGGAGGUGCUGUGCAUCAAGAACACGCUCUCCGAGCCCACCAAUGACACGUUCCUAUUGAAAUUCUUCGAGGCUUCCGCUGUUUGGCUCACCGAGAUCGCUAUGCUGCCUCGUGAGACUUACGAGCAGUGCGUGGACAAGCGGGACUUUUCCCCACAAAUUUUUCGCAACCUGGAGCUGCUGUCAGACACACCACCCUUUGUAGCACCUUAUUUGCAAUCAGUGCCAGAGAGCAUUAUCGACAACAUUUCGGCGUAUUUGAAUUUCUGCCGUAGACUGAAAGGCGAUCAAUACAUCCAUAUAUAUUUCUCCGCCCACGAUGCCUUUUUCAAGAUGAUACUUCUAUUCAUGGGCAGCUCCGUGCUGGUGAAGAAUCCUCACCUUCGAGCCAAACUGGCUGAAGCCCUGGAAUUUCUCUUGCCCACACAGAUUAUGGGUAGCAACCGGGAGACUUUUGCCACCCAUGUCUUCGACAGCCAUUCGGAUCGUUUUAAGGUGGUCCGCAGCCUGCUGAACGUUUUCGUAAGCAUCGAAAUGACUGGACAGUCGGUGCAAUUCGAGCAGAAAUUUAACUACCGUCGGCCCAUGUACGCUAUAAUGGAGUUCCUGUGGACCAAACCCGAGCACGUUCAGUGCUUUCGUGACCUGGCAACGGAAGCGGAGCAGAAUAUGGAGGCCAUUGAGCCGCCCAUAUUUUUGCGUUUCAUAAAUUUGCUUAUUAAUGAUGCCAUCUUUGUGUUGGACGAUUCCUUGUCCAAUCUGGAGCAGAUCAAACAGCUUCAGCAGGCGCAAGAAAAUGGUGAGUGGAAUAGCUUAUCGCAUAAUGAGCGUCAACAGCAGGUUUCGAACCUCCAGCAUCUGGGCAUGCUAGCGCGAUUUGACAACCUCAUCGCUAAGGACACUAUAAAUCUCCUCAAGCUGCUCACCACGGAAAUCAAAAGCAUUUUCUGCCACAACAGUAUGGUGGAUCGUAUGGCAGCCAUGCUGAAUUACUUCCUGUUAAAUUUUGUUGGCCCAAAGAAAGAACGCUUUAAGGUUAAGAACAAGAAAGAGUUCGAUUUCGAUCCGGCACAAACGGUGCUGGAGAUCUCUCACAUCUACAUCAAUUUGAGCUCCGAUGACAGCUUCUGUUUGGCGGUGUCGCAGGAUGGCCGUUCCUACAGCGAGCAGCUCUUCAGCUAUGCUGAGAACAUCCUAAUCCGAAUCGGAGGUGGUCAACUUAUAGGCGAGGUGUCCGAGCUAGCUGUGAAGGUUGCGCGUUUGGGUGCUCAAUACAAGGAGGAGCAGGAGCUGCUGGCUGAUGCGCCGGAAGAGUACCUGGAUCCGAUCAUCUCCACGCUUAUGACCGACCCUGUGGUGCUGCCAAGCUCCAAGGUAACCGUGGAUCGUUCCACCAUCGCCCGUCAUCUUCUAAGCGAUCAGACCGACCCUUUCAAUCGCGAACCGCUCACCAUGGAUAAGGUGAAGUCCAACGAGGCUCUGAAGCAGGAAAUUGAGAGCUGGAUUGAGGGCAAGCGGGAGGCGGCCCGCUCGAAGAGUUGAGGUAGCAGCGAAACCGCAGCUGCCGGCUCAGUUGCCCAACCAAAGAGUUAGCUCCACGGGGUAUCGGAUAAGGCAAUAGUCAAUGUUUUUGUUUCAUAAGAAUUCCAGUCAUACAUGGUGUUAUGUGUAUAUGCAAUCCUUAUAUAGUUAGCGGUUUUUGAAAUUUAUUCUUAAUCUAUUUGUCUAUGUCCCUGUCAAGCAAAUAAAUUCUCAAACAAUGUAAAAAA